CCGGCCCUGUCAAUCAAGCACAACAAGGCAGCCUCGCCGCCCGGACCCGGAGCGGCCAAGCGACCGGCUUCUCCCCGCUGCACCGCGGCCGGAUUGAGGUCUCUCCCCGCCGCCUGCCACCUCCGAUGUCUCCGACCCCCCUGGAAGAGCCUCUGGUGAUACGGGUGCUGCAGAGACCCCGGUCGUUGGCGCUGCGUCUCGGCGAGGGGGUGCCCGGCUUCGCGGUCGAGAGGAGCCCGAGGCUGCGCUGCCGGGGCCAGGCGGCGAGGAAGCCUUCGCUCAUGCAGCAGCUGCCCGGCCUGGGGAGGAGAGCGGUGCAGCGGAAAGCGGCCUUGCAGCUGUCGCCGGCCCGGGAGAGGUCGGCCAGCCCGGCGGCCGGCUGCCGGGGCAGCAUGCACCCCUUGAAGUGCGGCUGCCGGGGCUGCUGGCGGCUCCUGCGCCGCGAGGACUCGGGCUCGCCCGCCUCCUGCUCCGCCUGCGUCCCUUGCAAAGCCGGCCUGAGGGCGCUCGGCGGCGGGGCGGCCGCCUCCACGCUGCGGCGGCUCGGCUGCCUGCCCGCCCUGAGCUGCCUGACCUGCGAGCCGGGCGUCAGGUCGCUGGGAUCGAGCUGCAGCUUCUGCAGCAGCGACCCCAUCGUGACUUACAACCCGCGGGCGGGCGGGGAGGCCGAGGGCAGUGGCCGCCGGCUCUGGCCCGAUCAGCUGGCCAAGAAGAUGACCGAGUCCAGGGCGCACCAGCAGACCGGCCUGAUCCUGGACUGCAGCGGCCUGAUGGAGUACACCAAGAUGCAGCUGCACGGUGCCAUCAGCCUGGGCUGGCCCGAGGGUCCGGGUCCGGGUCCAGGAGCCGCGGGGGCGGCCGAGCCCGCCAAGCUCACCGUCUUCGACCUGCUCUCCAGCCGGGACGCCAAGCACCGCCGGUGCCAGGACGGGGGCCGGCCGGACUCGGGGCCGGGAAGGUCGGGGCGCCCGGCGGUGCCGCACUCGCUGCAGCUGGUGCUCAGCCCGCUCGGCGCGCAGGACAAGGACGCGCAAGCCGAUGUCGGCGGGGGUCUCGCCUCCGAGCCUGCCAGGGGUCCGGAUGCCCGGAGCGCGCCCCUCGACCCGCUGACCCCGGACAUCGAGAGCGCCGAGCUGAGCCCCAUCCUGCCCUUCCUGUACCUGGGCAACGAGCGCGACGCCCAGGACCUGGCGCGCAUGCAGCAGCUCAACGUGGGCUUUGUCAUCAACGUCACCACCCACCUGCCUCUCUACCACGCCCAGGGGGGUGCCCUGCGCUACAAGAGGCUUCCCGCCACUGACAACGGCAAGCAGAACCUCCGGCAGUACUUCGAGGAGGCCUUUGAGUUCAUAGAGGAGGCCCAGGAGUCGGGGAAGGGCGUGCUGAUCCACUGCCAGGCGGGCGUGUCGCGUUCAGCCACUCUCGUCAUCGCCUACCUGAUGAAGCACACACUAAUGACCAUGACCGACGCCUACAAGUACGUAAAGGGCAAGCGCCCCAUCAUCUCCCCCAACCUCAACUUCAUGGGGCAGCUGCUGGAGUUCGAGAUGGACCUCAACAAGGGCCUGACGCCCCGCAUCCUCACCCCCAAGCUCACCGGGCUGGAGACGGAGGUUUAGGCUGCUGGGGGCCUCGGGAGCCAGCCGGCGAGGGGGUGGCCGACCCCGGGCCUGUCUCCGCUGCCAGACUCUCACACUGUGACGAACUGCCUGCUGACUGGUACCCUGGCGAUCUACAGCGCCCCCCCCCCCUCCUGCCCACGGCGGGGGGGGGGGGGGUGGGGGAAGGAGUGCCGUGGGAGGGGUCCGUUCCCCGUUUGGGAGGGAGUUUAUUCUGAGACUCUUUACUGUGAGCCGCGUUGCUGGGCGGGCAACUGGCCGGGCCAGACGGCCGUCUCCCCGUCGGCCGGGCGCCCUGUUCGGUGGGGAGGGUACUACCUCUGUGGCUCGAGGCUCGUUUCCUCGAGCCCUCGCUGUGCUCCGGCCCUCCCCGCCGCACGCCGAGGGCAGGGCCACCCCAUCCCCUGAGGGGGGCCCCACGGCACCGGCGGGCUCUCCUGGGUGGCUCCCCAUGGGUACGGGGCGGGCGAGAGUGAGGAGGCGGAAGGUGUUGGCUGGCCCUACCUGCGUGUGUGGACGGGGGGGGGGGGGGGAGGAUUGGACCUACGCCGGUGGGUGAAGAGAAAGUCUUCCAUGCAGGGCACCCAUACUGGGGGGAGAAUAGGACCCUGGAGGGUGUUGCACAGGUAGGGGGGAGUAGAAAGCUUGGCUGCUGCUGCCCCGAGGAGAGAGAGAAGGGCCCCUCUGUGCCGGUCAACUUGCGUCGGGCUGGACGGUGCCAGCGGUCUCCCUGUUUGAUGCCUCCCGCUCAGGCUCUGCGCCCAGGGGGACGCCGUUUCAAGGCUGUGCUCGGUGAAGCCGACAAUCCCCGGCGAGCAGGCGUGACCCACGAACCGCGUUCACCUCAAUCCGUUCAGCACGGCUUCUGCCUCCUGAUAAAAGUCUUUCAUUGCUUCCAGGACCGGGUUUACUUUCAGGCACCCUGGGGGCGUGGGGCCCCUCUCGUCAACCUCUGACUCUCACUUGUAAACCCUCUGCAGAAUCUGACUAGGCGAUGUGUAGGGGGAGAUUCACUCUGUGUCUGACCGCGGGAGUGUGUGAUGGGACGGUGUGGAGGGAGAUUCACUCUGUGUCUGACCCCGGGAGUGUGUGAUGGGACGGAGUGGAGGGAGAUUCACUCUGUCUGACCCCGGGAGUGUGUGAUGGGACGGUGUGGAGGGAGAUUCACUCUGUGUCUGACCCCGGGAGUGUGUGAUGGGACGGUGUGGAGGGAGCUUCACUCUGUGUCUGACCCCGGGAGUGUGUGAUGGGACGGUGUGGAGGGAGAUUCACUCUGUGUCUGACCCCGGGAGUGUGUGAUGGGAUGGUGUGGAGGGAGAUUCACUCUGUGUCUGACCCCGGGAGUGUGUGAUGGGACGGUGUGGAGGGAGAUUCACUCUGUGUCUGACCCCGGGAGUGUGUGAUGGGACGGUGCGGAGGGAGAUUCACUCUGUGUCUGACCCCGGGAGUGUGUGAUGGGACGGUGCGGAGGGAGCUUCACUCUGUGUCUGACCCCGGGAGUGUGUGAUGGGACGGUGUGGAGGGAGAUUCACUCUGUGUGUGAUGGGAUGGUGUGGAGGGAGAUUCAGUCUGUGUCUGACCCCGGGAGUGUGUGGUGGGACGGUGUGGAGGGAGAUUCACUCUGUGUCUGACCCCGGGAGUGUGUGAUGGGACGGUGUGGAGGGAGAUUCACUCUGUGUCUGACCCCGGGAGUGUGUGAUGGGACGGUGUGGAGGGAGAUUCACUCUGUGUCUGACCCCGGGAGUGUGUGAUGGGACGGUGUGGAGGGAGCUUCACUCUGUGUGUGACCCCGGGAGUGUGCGAUGGGACGGUGUGGAGGGAGAUUCAUCUGUGUCUGACCCCAGGAGUGUGUGAUGGGAUGGUGUGGAGGGAGAUUCAGUCUGUGUCUGACCCCGGGAGUGUGUGAUUGGACGGUGUGGAGGGAGUUUCACACUGUGUCUGACCCCGGGGGGGUGUGAUGGGACAGUAUGGAGGGAGAUUCACUGUGUGUCUGACCCCGGGAGUGUGCGAUGGGACGGUGUGGAGGGAGAUUCACUCUGUGUCUGACCCCGGAAGUGUGUGACGGGACUCUCCCUGACUCGGGUGUGCGAGAAGAUAGGAUGUGACCCUCUCUGUGAUGCGGACUGCCCCUGCGUUUUGCACUAGUGAACCUUCAUUGCUGGGCAUAGGAGCCGUGCUCUCGCUGGGAGGCCGUUCUGCCCAGCUGUCCGAGCAGCAGAUGGUGGGAGAUGGCUGGGGAGUGGGGGGACUUUACAUGUUGGAGACAGGGGAGUCGUGGGCCUGGUCCGUCCAUUGCCAUUACCUACCUCCUCUCCCCGCCACGCACUGCACCAAAUUAUACGAUGAACCUGCUCACAUCGGUGACCUCAGAGCCGUGGGUCGAAGGUGAAUCUUUGACCUUGGCUAGUGAUUUGUGUCUAUGUGUCAAAUUUGUGUCGUUUAUCUUGCUAUUUAUUUAUUUGUACCCUAUUGGUGGCAAAUUUCCAUCAAGUUAUUUAUUAAAAUUCAAUUUUUAAAUACGUCUGUUUGGUGAGUC